GUCAGUAUCGUGCAGCGCCAUGACGCGCACUGCUCAAAGACCAAGGCAAGACGAAAAGUGACAUAAAGAUAACAAAACAAUAAACAAUAAACAGCUCCAACUUUCUAUUACUACUAUCGCUGCUGUUGAGUAUACUUUGACGAGCUGUUCUCUAUUUUCUUCACUUAUAUAGUAUAUUUCCCAUUACAUCGAAUUGCACUACAGCGAGAAAAUGUGUUUUUUUUUGUUUCAUUGCGCUUAUUUUUACUUGACUUACUUUGACGUUGCCUUUGUCUUUUGACCAUGUUCAAUCAUGCUGACUCGUGCUGAGGUGCUUUACACAUUUGUAUAACAACAUAACAAUGGAGAGUCGUGUGUGAUUACAAAUUACUCAUAACAUAACGUACGCGAAAAGUGAAGCAAAAUGUGUUUGUUUGAUUUAUUGUGUUGUGUAUUAAAGAGAAUGUGUGAAAACCAAACUAAGAAUUAAAACCUUAAAGAAGAAAACCAAUUCUAGAAAGAAAAUUAAUAUAAAAUAUAUACCGUGUGCAGUGAAAAGUGGCAGCCAAGGAAACAGAUUACCUGUGUUGUUGUUUUAAUAGUUAUAUAGUUACACUCAUUAGUUAUUUCAUGAAAAUAAAAUCGACUUAAAAUACUUUGUUAAUGACAGAAACUUUACCAAACAACACUUGGAAACUUAUUUCCACACUUUUUGUAGCAUACUUUGCGGCGCUCCAUAACAUUGAACUACUACGAAAUCCUUGACCUGAACCAAUGCCGUCACUGAAAAAUUGAUACCUCAGCAACAAAAAACAAGACAUAUCGACGGCGUACAGGCAAGUUCAUGUAAGAAAAGUCAUAAUAAUAAGAAGAAUAAUAAAAUCGGUAACAACAAACAAUAAACAAAACUAUACGUUUGUACGAUAAUAAUAACAAUAAAAGUAAAGCGGAAACAACAACUAUGCAUUAUACAAGUGAAACUGAACAAAACUGAAAGAAGGAUAUUCAGCUAAAAAUAAAUGCAGCUACAAGUUUCCCCUACAUUACCACAUUCUAAGGCGUUUAGGCGUCAGUUACGAAACCGGUGCGAAUUUUAACUUAAUAUAUAAUAUAUUAAAAAUAUAAUAAUAGCAGCACAAGUGCAAUGCAGGCAACUAAAAUCAUAUAAACGAAUUUGAAACCUACAACAACUCAACUUUGUAUACUUAGUAUACGCGUAAAAGCAACGUGAAAUUUCUGCAACGGAAGUGUAAAUGGCAACAAACAAAAGCCAUCACAUCAACUGGAUUAACUACAUAAAGCAGUUAUAGCAACAACAACAGCAAUAUAAAAUCCCGAACCACCUGCCGCAGCCGCCAUACUUUUCACAUUAAGCGUGAUUUCCUGUAACCGCGUGGCUUUUAGUGUGACCUUAACGGCAUUUCCACAAAGUCGCGCAUUUGUCAGCUAUGACCCGCUUGCUGCGGUAGAGGCUAUGGAAGAAAACAUUGCAACGCCAGCAGUAGCAGACACAAGCUCAACAAACUACCUUCAAACCAAUUUGUUACGGCUUUCAGUUGGGGGAAAAUCCCCUUUGGCCACAUAGGCCACAAUAUGGGCUCAUGUUUCGGGCGUUGUGAGUCGAAGGAUGCCACUCAUGGCAAUGGCUCCACCGCAACAUCCUGUUUGUGGCGGCGCCAACGACAUGCAACAGAUGAACAAGAAGCGGAACUCGUGUCGAAUGCGAGCGACAAAUGCCCGAAAGAGAAUUUCAUAUAUCGCAUUAUUAAAUUUAAAUCGAAGCAAAAACGACCGCAAUUUAUAGAUAAAUUUUGGGAGCGACGGGAUAAGCAAUAUACGAAAUUAUCAAACAAGAAUGGAACUGAAGGCCUCUCCGACAUCCAACUCCAGAAUCUCGACGUACACAACUUACUCAGUAACGCCAUACACUCCAACGAGUCUGCGCUCAACUACUGCAUGACUGAAGCUCAAUAUGCGGCAGCAAGCUCGCAUGCUAGUUCCUCGCUCGAUCUCGAAUGGGAGCAUGAGUACGCGCAUAUGCGCCAGCUCUACCAACCACCGCCGUUAACACAUCACAGUACACAAUCCCUACUCCACACUAACACCUGCGGCUCACGCCAUGGGAGUACUCACAGCACCAGCAACAACAACCUCGCACAAUACGCCGACAGCAAUAGCACACCGAACCAUCAACUACAUGUACUCAACAACAACCAUACAUUAGGUAUGUGCCAUCGCAGCACGACAUACGACAAUCACCCACUGCUGAAUGUACACUUGAACGACUCAUGGCAAUAUCUGAGCAAUGGUGAUGACGAACAGCUCAACUCACUCGCCUCAUAUUCACAAUCACAAUCACAAUCGCUACCGCAUGCGCCCUUAAAUAUCGCUGCCAUGUCGGUGGCGACGGCGCGUGCGGCGGAGCGUAGUGAACAGCGUCAGCGUAUACGUCGCAAUGGGCAGGCGCAACCAAUUAUCGAUCGUCGCAAUAGUUCCUUUACACGCACAUCGUCGUCGCACAACUCAUGGUCGCACAUCUCAACACCGGAGUCACUUGAAUGGGAUCAGGACGAGGAGCAACAGCGUCAGUUGCGCGUAGAAGAUGACAAUUUGGAUGUCGAGACGCUCGCGUUGCUGCACCAAAUCGAACAGUUGAAGAAUCGUGUGUUAGAUGAGACAGGGGAUGGACUAUACGAUGACGGCAUGUUAGUAGCCCGUGAGACGGACCUGAGUGACGGUAUACACUUUACGAUGGAUGGAACGUGUCGCAGCGCCGAGGAGGAGCCUAAAGAUAUCAGUUGAUCGGUUGCAAAUGCUGCGCUGGUGAACGCGAAGGUUAUUUAGGUUUGGUUUGUUGAGAUUGAAAAAUAUCAAUAUUGGAUUGAAUGUUAUUCCGUAUAAUCAAGUGCCUAGACUAAAGUAUCAUUAUAUACUAUAAACAAAAUUUAAUUAAAGGUACUGUUAUCAAUACAUAGACUAAAGUUAUUAGGCAAAGUCAUGGUAAAUGCGCAGAAUCUGGGAAAUUAAC